UCAACAUGGCGGCUGGAGAGUGUUCUUUGUAAGGGAUCGUAUUGAAUUUUGGACAUCAUUUUGUCCAGUGGGGGGAAAUUUAACGAGUUUCUUGAUACCAAAAAACCAUGGGAAAGAAGCACAAGAGUAAAAAGCAUCACAAGAAAGGCAAUGAUGCCGGUGAGGAGAAAUCAGAAAGGUUAGAAAAAGCUGAUAAAGGAGAGAAGCCGAUCAAACUUGUUCUUAAAGUUGGAACUAACCAAGAAAAAGUCGCUGCCAAGCAAGAGUCGCCAAGUUUAGCGAGCAGAACCUCGCUAAAUCCAGAGAAAAUGAAAUCUAAAGAACACUCUUCCAAAAAGAAGAAGAAAAAGAGAUCGUCGUCAAGAGAGAGAAAGAAACCCAAGAUGGAUCAUGCUUCUAGUGCUUGUGCUUCACCCUCAUCUGUUGGUGGCCAUGAGAGAUCAAAGAAAAAAAGAGACAGACAAGAGAUGGAAGGAGAAAGUAGCAGUGUCAAUGAGGCUGAGAGACCCAUAAAGAAAAUCUACAUUAAACCAAUUGAACCACCAAUCAGGAACAGUCCAGAGGUUAAAAAAGUGAGUGGUCAUAUACGAGAACCAGAGAUCUCACCAUUGCAGCUAUGUUUGGAAAAUGUACAUCGCACCCUUCAGAGGAAAGAUACCCAGGGAUUCUUUGCUUACCCUGUGAAUGAUACCAUUGCUCCAGGGUAUUCUAACAUUAUCACACACCCAAUGGACUUCAGCUCCAUGAAAUACAAGAUUGAUUCCAAUGAUUAUCUUUCUAUUGAGCAGUUUAGGGAUGAUUUCUACUUGAUGUGUAACAAUGCAAUGGUUUACAAUGCACCUGAGACAAUUUACUACAAAGCAGCUAAAAAGCUACUUCAAACAGGAUCUAAACUUUUGUCGCCUGAGAAAGUGAGAAAUAUGUAUCACAGUAUUGGGUUUUCUGUACCAGACUAUGAGGGUAAUGAAUCAGAUGGGCGUGGCUCAGAUGAACCAAUUGACGUUGAUACAGUAGACACAGAGGAAAACCAUGUCCCACAGUCAACAAAAAGGACCAAGCCGAGGAGUGAUUCAAAGCACACCUCUGCUAGUAGAAAAAUUCUGGCUCAAGUUCAGGAAGCAUCAAAACGUAUGGCAGCUGAGUUGGAGGCAAAACAUGCCAAUAGUAAGGUCGGUUUUCUACGUCGAGACAAAGACGGAACUACGACUUUAGCUGUAGUAAACCCAGUGGACUCUGAAGUUCCAGAAUAUCUUAACGUUAAUCUAGGAACACAGCUUGGCAAAGUCGUCAAUGGCUCACACACGACCGCUGGCUUCAAGGAAGACAAAAGAAACAAGGCCACACCGGUUUCAUACUUGAUGUAUGGACCGUAUGGCUCGUUCGCUCCCACGUACGAUUCUUCCAGAGCCACAAUAACAAAAGAACACUCAGACUUGCUUUACAGCACCUAUGGUGAUGACACUGGUAUACAUUACGCCAAAAGUCUUCAAGCCUUUGUCAAGGACGCUUCCUCUUUCUCACAUGAAGCUGUGGAUAGGCUGCUGGACGUUCUGACCGAAGGAGCACAUUCUAAAUACGUGAAACAUAUUGCUGAGAAAGAGAAGGCCGAGGAAGAAAAACAAGCUAAAGAGAAUCAAAACAGUGAGCAAAAAUCGGUGGUUACAGUUUCUUCAAGCGAGAAAAGCCAAGACGUCAAUAAGACAGUCGCUGUUUCCACCGCUGAAACAAGUGUUAAUUCUAAGGCUACUUUAGCAACUUCUACUUCAGAUUCUUCGUCUUCUGGAGGUGCGCCCAAAAUUGAUUUCCAAUCUCUCCUGAGUCUUGCGGACGAAGGGAUCGAUGUAUCUUUUCUAAAUUCCCCAGAUUUGUCAAGCAGUGAGUCAUUAAGCUCUUUACUUUCGGACAAAUUACACGCCACUGGCAAACUGUUAGAUGAUCUGCAAGAGGUACAAAGUGCCCGACUAAGUCACAGACCAGAUGGCCCCGCAGGGUCCACCCCUGAGGCAGCCGUUAGACCAUCCUCAAAAGAAAAGCUUUUAGCGGAUCACGUGACGCAGAAUCUAAAAGAUCUUACUGCACAGGCUUGUCCAGAAGAUGUCACGUCGCUUGGAGGUUUACGUGCUGCUAUCGGCGUCGGACUGGUACCCAAUCUUACGUCAAAUCAGCAGCAGAAAUCUGAAGGAAACACUGUUAGCGAUAAGAGCGGUCCUGAAGCUCUCACCGAUUCUUCAGAGCAAGCCAUGGACACUACGGAUUCUAAACUAAAGACAUCAUCGGAACAGACCUGAGGCAAUCCCGCACCUACAUUAACUUACACCUUAAGGCCUUAUUUAUUAACUAUUAAGAACAAAAAACUCAGAUCCUACUGUAUUUUUUAAUUUGUUUAACAAUAAAAAGUGCCAGUUUCAAA